AUGAGCCGUCCACGGAGAGACAAUGUCUCUGCCAUUUUUGUCCAUGCAGGAGCUGGGUUUCAUAGUCCGCACAACGAAAAAUUGCAUCUAGAAACGUGUGAGAACGCGGCGAAGGUGGCAAUUCAUAUGCUCAAAAAUGGUGGAUCAGCUGUGGAUGCCGUGGAAAUCGCCAUUAUGCUCCUGGAAGAUUCCGAAAUUACAAAUGCAGGUUACGGCAGCAACCUAACCAUCGAUGGCGCUGUUGAAUGCGACGCUACUAUCGUGAACCAUCUGGGCCGAAGUGGUGCGGCUGGCGCUGUUUCUCAAGUCAAGAAUCCAAUCUCAUUGGCUCGGGUCGUCCUUGAGGCAUCAACAAGGCCGUUAACUUUGCAAAGAGUGCCUCCCAACUUCCUUGUGGGACAGGGCGCGACAAGCUUUGCGUAUGAACAAGGCCUAGUUGUGAUGCCCCAUGACGGUUUGAUAUCCGAAGAAGCAAAGGGGCGUUGGCUGCGCUGGCAACAGGACUUGGAAGCGGCCGAAUUGAAAGAGGCGCAACAGUUCCCAGCUAGAUAUGAGCGUCAUAAGGCGUUCAUCCGUCGACCAGUGAGUGUCAAUCCGACACACUUACUUUCUUCACCAAGCAACAUACGGCCUGCCUCGUCGCUUAGCUCCAGCCUAGGUGAUACACGCCUUAGGGAUUCCGGUAACUCUUCACCAGUCGGUUCUAGCAAUACUCUCAUGCUACCACCACGAGCAAGAGACACUGGCUAUAUGGACGGUAUCAUGUCUCAGACUCGAAAAUCCAACCCCGCUCCAGGCAGUGCGUCAUUGGAAGCAUCUCGUUUUCUUGGACCCAAUAUGGACGUCGAGGCGACGCCCCCUUCUGUUGCCAUGGAUAUCCACUACGCAAAUAUGGAUCAAAUUAGCGAUACUGUUGGUGCUAUAGCAGUCGAUUCACAUGGUAAUAUCGCGGCAGGAUCAUCCUCCGGUGGCAUUGGGAUGAAACAUAGUGGCCGGAUUGGCCCUGCAGCGCUCGUGGGCAUCGGCACUGCUGUUAUCCCAGUAGACCCCAACGAUCCUGACCAAACAUGCGUUGCUACGGUCACUUCGGGAACCGGCGAACACAUUGCCACAAGUAUGGCUGCUGGCACCUGUGCCUCACGCAUUUAUUACAACCAACGGAAGUGCGAAGAUGGUUCAUUUGAGGAAGUCACGGAGGAUGAAGCGCUCAGGGGAAUGAUAGCGUCCGAAUUCAUGGGCCACCCAGGAGUCAAAGACAGCCACUGUCGGGGUGCCAUUGGAAUAAUGGCGGUCAAGAGAACAGUCGACGGAGUGUACCUAUGUUUUGGCCAUAACACAGACUCUUUCGCACUUGCUUCAAUGAGCAGCGAGGACAAGAAGCCGGUGUCUGUAAUGUCACGCAGCAAUGGAAAUGGGAGUAUCGCACAAGGUGGCCGCGCCUACCGAUCCCAGAGGUAG